UCCCAGCAUUCCUCUCGGGUGAAGUAGAGUUUGUGAUCGGCGGGGAGUCUGGAUGAGAGGAUGACAUUAAAAUAGAUCGUCAUUGCCAGACCAAGGACACACUCUAGUACGCACGGGACCCUAUAUCAGUCACGUAUCUAUAGGACUUCAGUACUGGCUUCAUACGACUUUUGACGGGAAGAGAAUUCUUUACUGAAGAAAAGAUUCACAAUGAGCUGGCAACAGUAUGUCGACCAACAUUUGGUGGCGACCCAGUGCGUGACUAUGGCUGCGAUUUGUGGCUUGGACGGCAGCAUUUGGGCUAAAUCCCCCGGCCUCGAGCUGUCACAAGACGAGGUCUCAACAAUGGCGAGAGCCUUCACUAGUAAUGAAGUUUUAGUUCAAAAUGGAAUUAGAAUAGGAGGAACAAAGUACAUCUAUCUGAGCGGGGACGAUAAGCUCAUCAGGGGGAAGAAGGACAGAGGAGGUGUUCACAUAGUGAAAACUAAAACAGCUAUGGUGAUGGCACUGUACGCAGAGCCGAUCCUGCCAGAGCAGUGCGCCUGCGUGGUAGAAAAACUGGGAGACUGGCUGAUUCAGAACGAGCUUUGAUUCGGCGCC